ACUGAAAAUGCUAUAGUAUGUAAAUGCAGUUUCUUUCACUCGUUUAUAGGUGUCUGCAUCAAAAGUUUCAAAACCAACACCAAUGAGAAAUUUUUCAUUAAUGUCUGCCAAACAGAUGAGAUACCGGCACCGGAAGACAUUACCGAAGAGCAAUUGGCCGAGAUUCUGCAAUCGGAGGCGCCAAGCUCAUUUCGUAUACCCAUGAGUAUAUCCGAUCCGCGCGUCACUAAGGAUAAAUCAAAUAACUCUGUGGAUGUUUGCGAUAUUGCCAUCAAUCCAAAGUUCUUCGUUAAAGUUCAGAAAUCAAUGUUGUUUAAGGAUUUUUUCCUAGCACUGAUUGCUGAGGCCUUAAAUGAAAAGUACAAUGUGCAAAUAAAGAUUGAAAAGUCAAUUAUUUUGCAAAAUCGUAAAUUUAUUGGUACGCUUGUACAGCAUCGCGUACGUAAUAAUGAUGUAAAAACAGUCAUCAAGUCAUACCAACAACCUACUGAGGCUGAUGAACUGAAACUGGCUGAAAUGGAGCGAGUGGCGACCAGUGAGGAGAUCGGCAGCAAGCGUUCACCACUGGUGCAAGAGAUUGAUACAAGCGAGGUUGAUGCGUUAAAACGUAAAACGGAAGAAUUGAAAGAGAAUGCCAGUAAAAUUAAGCAGGCCAUAGCAUUGGCUGGAUCUACAGUGCCCGAGUAUAAAUUGCGUGCUAAGUUGUGCAAAGAAGAAGUGGAAGAAUUAUUGGCUGAAUUUUAUCUACCGAAAUGCAUUUCUUCCCAAGAAAUCACUUUGGAUGUUGGCGAGGAUCGCAUUUUAUUGGAGUUAAUGAAGCAUGGCUAUAUGUUUGAUAAAUUUGUUAACUAUCGUUUGAAUCAAGAGCGUGUGCGCGCUAUAUUCGAUAAAACCAAUAAGAUGCUACAAGUGCGUAUUCCUGUCUAUCCGGUACAAUAAAAAAUAAAAAGUAUUUUGUUAUAUAUUUUUGAUGAGUU